AUGAUCCACUCUAUGCCGGUCGUUGCGACCGUUUCUGCUCAAACCCCAUCCCAGAACCAGUCAUGCAAUUCCAUUGACCACGGGUACCAAUGCUUCCCGCAGGUCUCGCAUCUCUGGGGCCAGUACUCGCCGUAUUUUUCGUUGGAUCGGGAGUCUGCUACUUCUCAAGAUGUUCCUGAUGACUGUGAGAUCACGUUUGCCCAGGUGCUCUCGCGCCAUGGGGCUCGGUAUCCGAGUGCAAAGAAGUCUAAAGCCUAUGGCGAACUUGUUGAGGCCAUUCAGAACAACGCCACUUCAUUUACUGGAAAGUACUCGUUUCUGAAUGAUUACAAAUAUACGCUGGGGGCGGACGACUUGACUGCCUUUGGUGAGGAUCAAAUGGUUGAUUCGGGUAUAAAGUUCUAUCAUCGGUAUAAAUCGCUGGCGAAGAAGGUUACUCCUUUCGUCCGUGCAUCGGGAUCCGAUCGUGUCAUCGCCUCUGCGGAGAAGUUCGUUGACGGGUUUUGGAAUGCCCAAGUCAAUGACCAUGAGUCGAGGCGCGAACCCCCCAAAGUCAAUGUGGUUAUCCCAGAGGGCGACGGGUUCAAUAACACACUGGACCAUAGCAUUUGCAGCGCCUUUGAGAACGAUAAGUUGGCUGAUGAGAUCGAAGCCAACUUUGCGGCAAUUUUCACGCCGCCAAUUCGCAAGCGCAUAGAGAGUGACAUUCCUGGCGUUGAACUCUCCGGCGACGAUGUUGUCUAUCUCAUGGACAUGUGCUCAUUCGAUACCGUGGCCCGGACACCGAACGGAAGCGAACUGUCCCCAUUCUGUGCCCUUUUCACUGAAAAAGAAUGGAUCCAAUACGACUACCUGCAAUCUUUGUCAAAGUAUUACGGCUAUGCAGCUGGAAGUCCCCUCGGUCCUGCCCAGGGAAUUGGAUUUACGAACGAGCUGAUUGCCCGACUUACCCAGUCCCCUGUUAGGGACCACACGACCACCAACCGAACUCUAGAUUCAAACCCAGAGACAUUCCCGCUCGACACCAAGAUGUACGCUGACUUCUCGCACGACAAUAACAUGAUAUCUAUUUUCUUUGCGAUGGGUCUGUACAAUGGCACUGACCCUCUGUCUCAAGCCUCGGUGGAGACGGUCGAGGAAAUGGACGGCUACGCAGCGUCAUGGGCUGUUCCGUUUGGCGCCAGGGCGUAUUUCGAGACGAUGCAGUGCAAGAAGGAAAGAGAGCCACUUGUUCGGGUAUUGGUGAAUGAUCGCGUAGUCCCACUGCAUGGCUGUGCAGUUGAUAAACUUGGACGCUGCGGUUUGAAUGACUGGAUCCAGGGCUUGAGUUUUGCAAGGGCAGGCGGGAAUUGGAAGAGUUGUUUCACUUCUUAG